UGUGUUUUCAGCUCAGCAAUUACACACAUUUUGGAAAACGGAGGUUAUUUCUACGUGACUGCUCGGGAGUUUUUUCAGACCUAAAGCAUGAGGACUUGGUCCCUGUGCGGCUCCUACCAGCAGAUGGCAGAAGAGACCGGGCUUCUCUCCACUGUGACCUUGCCCUGCAGCAAGAGGGUCAAGCAACUUCCCUCUGAACACAAACAUGCAGGCACAUGCACAGAGAGGUACAUUCCCUCCGUCUGUGUCACACACUGUUAGGGCCACAUAGAGGCAGAGCAAGGUAGCUGAAAAACAAGGCGGCAGCUGAACAAGUGGAGCCGAAGAACAACCAGCAGUUUAUUCCAGUGAAGAAGUGUGUCCAAUGGGUGGAGGAGCCACCAGGCUGUACAGCACCCUGACUCAGAGCCUCAGCAGCAGCUCUCCUCUCGCCCUCCCUCCGUCCCAUCUGGACCCCCACCCCCCUGCAGACUCAAAACUGGAUCCAGCUUUCUGUCAGAAGGGGUCCGAUCCAGUGGCGCUGCUUCGACAGUGUGAGGAGGCCCUCAGGGACAGACCGCCUCGCUUUCACAGGAAGUUCAUUCACCUCAAUGACGGAGACAGCGCCCCCAGCAGCCCCAUCAGGGUGAUGCAAUGGAACGUACUGGCCCAAGCUCUGGGCGAAGGACUUGACAGCUUUGUCCAGUGUCCCCUGGAGGCCCUCAGCUGGUCCCACAGGAAGUACCUCAUCUUAGAAGAGAUCCUCACCAACCGACCUCAUAUCCUGUGUCUGCAGGAAGUCGACCACUACUUUGACACCUUCCAGCCAGUUCUGGCAGGCAUGGGUUACAGCAGCAACUUUUGCCCUAAGCCGUGGUCGCCGUGCCUGGAUGUGGAAGGCAACAACGGACCCGACGGCUGCGCGCUGUUCUUCGAUCAGUCGCGAUUUGAGUUCCUGGACAGCACGAACAUACGGCUUUCUGCCAUGAUGAUUCCAACCAAUCAGGUUGCUGUGGUGAUGAUGCUACGCUGUCGGAGCACAGGGAGAUGCUUGUGCGUUGCCGUGACCCACCUUAAGGCACGCUCUGGCUGGGAGUGGCUCCGCAGUGCCCAGGGUUCCGACCUCCUGCGACACAUCCAGAAUUUGGUCCAGAAACACGGCAACGGGCCCACGGGUGCUCCUACUGCUGACAUUCCUCUGCUCAUAUGUGGUGAUUUCAACGCAAUCCCAACUGAGGAGGUGUACCGACGUUUCACGGCGUCAACUCUUGGUUUGGACUCGGCCUAUAAGAAGCUCAGUCAGGACGGUUUGACUGAGCCGGAGUACACAACAUGGAAGAUUCGGCCUACAGGGGAAUGCUGUACCACUCUGGACUACAUCUGGUACAGUCAGGACACACUGAGAGUAGACUCAGUUUUGGACAUGCCCAAUGAGGGACAGAUUGGGCCAAACAGGCUUCCGUCCUUUAGCUAUCCGUCCGACCAUCUUUCUCUGGUUUGUGACUUCAGCUUUAAGGAGGAGUGACAACGACAUGAACAACUAGCACACAGGAAGGGACGAUGCUGUGAUGAGACGCAGUCAAGACUGGCUCCUGGUCGGCUUCCCUUAACAAGAAGGCGUGAAAGAGAGAGGACGAAGACAGAUUUCACACUGCCAAUGUACUACAGAGUGACUGACAAAGUGUUUGUGUUGUAUCUGUGUUAGGUUUACAUUUGAUGAUUGUUGCAAUAUAGAAUUACGUACAUUUACUCUCUCUGACUAAGCUCUCGUUAGUUUGCUCAUUACCUGGACAUCUGUGAAUUAAAGGGUCAGUUCACCCAAAUUACUUAAAGUACUAAAUUAUCGAGUAGUAUUUAGUGAUGCUAUGUAAAUUAGUUCAAGCUCUGGGAUCCUUUCAGCUAUGGAUGGGUCAUGACAUUUUCAAAUAGUCAUUAAAAUGCUAGUAUCACAAGUCUACAACAACUAUGCAGUCAUUUGAGAGCAGGCACUGUCGCUGUGUGCGUGUGUGUGCGUGCGUGCGUGGCUGAAUAGUCCACAGUGAAUAUUGAACACUAUUUUUGCUGACCAUCACACUGACAGCUCAAACAUUUGUUUCAGAGCUAAAUGUAAUCAGCUACUGUGUGAACAUAAGAAUCAGUGAUACAAUAACUGGCAUGACAAACAUGCAACCUCAGAUAGUGUGUAAAUGUGCUGCAAUAAUUUUGGUCUCUUGCUCAUGAACUGUGAAGGUUCUCCUGGGAACAGGUCAACUUAACUAGACAUGCUUUACCAACAGACAGCUCAGAAACUGGCAGAACUUUUGCUACUAGGAUGGGAAAUGAAAUCCACCCUACGGCCAGGUACUGGUCCUGAAACAUUGUCAGAGCACGCCACAUUCAGGUUCAUGUCCCUGUUUUCAUUUACCAUCUGUUGAGGCAUUAUGCUGGAUCUGAUUGACUUGCAUGUAAUACAGAAACACAGGAACCAAUAACCUAGAAUGUCAAAAGCUACUUUAGACUUUUAGAAACAUUUUCAAUACCAUCCACCAAAGAGAAUAUUUGAUGAUUGUGUAUUUGCACCACUUUAAAAGAUGUUUUUUUUCCAUCUGUGGUUCCAGAACUGAAUAUACCCUGAUUUAUCUUCGUCUGUGUUAUCGAUGAAACAGUGAGUUCUGUAAACUCAAGUAUCUGGAUUUAAGAAUGUAAAGUGCAAAGUAACCACAGAAAGUCUGCACUCGAUGUGCUUCUGAUUCAUUGGAACAAUAAAUGUUAUCACUACUUAAAAAAACAGGCCACUGCCUUUCAAAUUUGAUUUUACAAGUAACCUCAUGUCUCAAUGUAAAAAAUAAAUAUACGAACCGUGAUGAAAAUGAGAACUGUCAGGUUUCAAAUGUCUUUAUAGCUCAGUAAAAUCUAAUACACUUUGAAACAAGAGUACAGCAAAAUAGAAUAUACUUCAAAUGUUGAAUAUACAAACAGUUCUGUCUGAACACAAACAUCUUUCUCUCCAUUUUCCAUCUUUAUAUAUAAAAAAAUAAUAAGUACAGGGGCAGGACCAAAACAGCAGUAAAAAAAAAAAAAAAAAAGUAUGCUGGCAAAUCGAUCCUCUGUUUUACCUCACCUUGGAUCCACAGUGGUUUGAUAUUUCUCACAGCCAUUUUGCAUAAACUUGUCAUUUUCACUGCCUCUUUUUCAAUAAUUAUAAUUAGUUGCUUCAUUGCAUUCUAGAUCUGGGUUUCCAUACAUUCCUUUUUCAAUUUGGAUUUUUUUUAAAGACAUGGUACAGCUCAGCACAUGCAUCAGCUCAGUCAUAUUUCUUUGCAUUUCCAUGUAGCCAGACUGUGUAAGAUUGUGAAAAGAGCAAACAUCUGUCCAAAAAGGAAAUAAAAAUACACUGAGUA